AUGAACUCGGACGUCUUUUAUAUGAUGCAGAGGCCAGGGGCCGUAACAGCUCUGAAGCUGGCUUACCUGGGCUGGGCCUACCAGGGCUUCGCUGUUCAGGACAACACGGACAACACGGUGGAGGCCAGGCUGUUUGAAGCGCUGCUGAAGACACGACUGAUUCAGGACCGACAGAGCUCCAACUAUCACCGCUGUGGUCGAACUGAUAAAGGAGUCAGUGCUUUUUCUCAAGUUAUAACCAUUGACCUGCGCUCCUCCCAGUUUUGUGGAGGACUUGGCGUAACCCUCCCUGAAAAUCUCGAUCUCGGCACCAAAUCAAAAGCUUCCACCUCUGAGCUUCCAUACGUGAAGAUGCUGAAUAGAGUUUUGCCGCAGGACAUUCGGAUCUUGGACUGGGCAGCCGCAGAGCAAGGUUUCAGUGCGCGUUUCGACUGCCAGUCCCGCACGUACCGCUACUACUUCCCCCGAGGGUCGUUGGAUGUAGAGCUGAUGGGAAAUGCUGCAAAACGAUACGAAGGAACGCAUGACUUUCGCAACCUGUGCAAAGUGGACGUGGGGAACGGGGUCCUGCAGUUUGAGAGGACCAUCUUGUCUGCCUCAGUCAGGCCUUUGCAGCCCCAGCAGGUUUCCAGCACAGAGCAAUAUGAUCUGUUUGUGUUUGAGAUCAAAGGUUUAGCCUUCCUUUACCACCAGGUACGUUGCAUGAUGGCGGUGCUUCUUUUGAUAGGACAGAAGCUGGAAGCUCUGGAGAUAAUCAGUCAACUGCUGGAUGUUGAAAAAAACCCCAGAAAGCCUCAAUACAGCAUGGCAGUGGACUACCCUCUGGUUCUGUACGACUGCCACUUCGAUGGUUUAACCUGGCAGCAGGAGGCGGAGGAGGUUAGCCACGUCCUGUCAUCACUACAGCGACACUGGACGCAGAGCGCUGUCAAAGCCCAGGUUCUGCUCGGGAUGAUCCGGGGUUUGGAGGAGAGAGUUCAAAUGCUGCGGCGCCGACACUUACACCGACUGGUCCAGAAGUGUGGGCUGGGGAAACCAUGAAGCCGUGCCAGAUUCCUGCUGCCCGGAGAAGAGAGAAGGUUGUGGACAUGACAAGGAAAAAGCUCACAGAAAGGGAUGUAUCUCAGCUUUAAAGCUCUUUCUGUUGAAGAAUCUGGUGUGGGUCGGCGGUGUUUGCAUUGCUCUUGGAAUCACAGAGGUGUUUGGCGUGGUAGUCGGAGUGUGCCGAAUCCUGGACAUUAAACGCAAAAAUUAUGAGAAUGUCGACUAAUUCAUCAUCACAACCAUCUUUACACAUCAACAAACAAACUUGUUUGAUCAUAAUAUACAUUUUUGUUUUAUGUGAUUAUAUGCUCAAAAACAUUCUCCUUACUUAAACCUCUAGGUUUAAGCUCAAUAAAGAACCUAAAAAAAAUUUCGAUCCAUAUUCUAUGUUAAUUUUAAACUGUUUACCUGUUAGUUCUUUCUAAGAACAGAGCUCAAAUCAAUAGGUUGUACAGGUUAAAGGUUAUUGGCUCUUUGAAUUAAUCCA